UUGCUUCCUGGUGUCUGACUCAGCCUUUAUUACAGCAAGCCGAGCAUCAGCCUGAAAGCAGAAUAAAAUCCUCCUGAUUGGCUCACCCAAGGUACUUUCGGACUGGGAGUGGCACUGUGCUUUGUGUGUGAAGCGUGCCUCAGCCUCCGGUGAGGGAGCGGAUUGACGAAGGAGAGUGGAGGAGAGUAGAGCAGAGGAGGGGAGAGAGGAGAGCCGAAGCUGCACACACCCUGAGAUGCUCUGCUGGCUAAGAGAGGACGAGAUGUCUCUGCAGGAGUUCCAGCAGCGUGUGGGCUGUGUCAUUACACAUGUCGAUGAGAUCAUGCAGCAGGAGAUCAGGCCCCUGCUGGCCGUCGACAUCAUAGAGCAGCUGCAUCGGCAGUUUGCCCUGCUCUCAGGAGGAAGAGGGAAAGAUGGCGCCCCCAUCAUCACCUUCCCUGAAUACUCAGGCUUCGGCGACCUCCUAGACGAGGACUUCCAGAAUGUUGUCACAUAUCUGACCAGCAUCCCUAGUUUGGACGCGGCCAGCAUCGGUUUCGUUAUAAUCAUCGACCGCAGGCGGGACAAAUGGAGCUCAGUGAAGGCCUCACUGACGCGGAUAGCGGGGGCCUUUCCAGGGAACCUCCAGCUGGUGUUGGUGCUGAGGCCCUCCCGCUUCUUCCAGAGGGCCAUCGCUGACAUAGGCAUUAAGCUGCACCGGGAUGACUUUAAAAUGAAGGUACCGAUUGUGAUGCUGAACUCCCUGUCUGACUUACAUGGCUAUGUGGAUAAGGGCCAGCUAACAUGUGAGCUUGGUGGGAACCUGGAGUACUGUCACAGUCAGUGGAUCCACCACAGGACAGCCAUUGAGAACUUUGCUGUGACAGUGAAGACCACAGCCCAAAUGCUGCAGAAGUUUGGCACAGAUCUGGCAGAGACGGAGCUGCCUAAUGAUGUGCAGUGCACCAAAGACCUUCUAAAUACUCACACUGAGAAGCAUGACAAACUCAAGGAUGAACUGAAAUUAGCGAUGAAACAGGGAACUACUCUGCUGGGCUGUAUCAAAGAGCAGGCCGCCAAGUCUGAGAAUCACAAACUAAACCCAGACGAGAUGGAGAACCAGUCUACAGUGGAAAGGUUGUUGUCCCAGCUGGAUGAGACAGAAAAUGCUUUUCAACAGUUCUGGUCCAAACAUCACCUCAAACUGGAGCAGUGCCUGCAGUUACGCCAUUUUGAACAUGACUUCCGAGAGGUGAAAGUGUCAUUGGACAGUCUGAUGGACACUCUGACUUUCCUGUCAGAUAUUGGGGACUGUGUCACCCGAGUGGAGAUGUUACUGAACGACCUCAAUACCUUAGAGGAGAAGGCUCAGGAGUCGUUAGAGAAGGCCCAGCUCCAUGCCCUACAUGGGGACCAGCUGAUCCAGAGCAACCACUAUGCUGUGGACUCCAUACGGCCCAAGUGUGUGGAGCUCCGACGCGUCUGUGAUGACUUCACCAACGAGGCCAAGAAGAAAUACGACGUCCUCUCCAAAUCAAACCAAAUACACAAAGGCAUAGACAAGGUGAACCAGUGGUGUGAGUCGGGGGUGUACCUGCUGGCCUCUCAGGCAGUGGACAAGUGCCAGUCCCAGGAUGGGGCUGAGGCAGCGCUGCAGGACAUUGAGAAGUUCCUGGAGAUGGCCAAGGAGAACCAACUGAGUGACCUCAAGAACAUCCACAACCAGUAUGAGCUAGUCCUCAAUGCUGAAGUCAAGGCCAAUGUAAAGAAGGCUCUAAAGAGGCUGGACGAUGUACAGGAGAUGUUUGAGAAGAGACAGGUCAGUCUGAAGAAGCUGUCGGCCAAACAGACCCGGCCCGUCCAGCCUGUGGCACCCCGGCCUGAGUCCUCUCCCAAUCGCCCCGCGCUUCUCAAAACACCCAGGACCACCGGCCCUGCCCCUGCACUCAGUCGAAGGACCUCAGAGAACUCCAGUGCCACAAAGCAGCCCACAGAGGCUGAGCUCGCCAAAAAGAAAAAUUUAAGUCGCAAGGUCAAAGGGAGCCUGAAGAUUGAGGUAAUGCAUGAGGCAAGUCAGGGAGGCUCCAGCCACAUACUGGUGACGAACGAGACAGAGGAGAGUCUUUCAACCAGGCGGAGACACAUAAUGAACGAGCUGAUUGAAACUGAGAGGCUGUAUGUCGAAGAGCUGCAGAGCAUCAUGGAGGGGUACGCUGCCGAGCUGGACAACACAGAGCUUUCCCCCCUCAUCCCUGCAGCUCUGGAGAACAAGAAAGAUGUGCUUUUUGGCAAUCUCCCAGAAAUAUAUGAAUUUCACAACAGGACUUUUUUCAAAGAGCUUGAAAAUUGCAUGGAAAGGCCAGAGUUGUUGGGGACUUGCUUUUUGAAAAGGAAAGAAGAGCUGCAGAUCUAUGAGAAAUACUGUCAGAACAAGCCCCGAUCAGAGGCACUGUGGAGACAGUGUGGCGACAGCCUGUUUUUCCAGGAAUGUCAGAAGAAGCUGGACCACAAACUCUCCCUGGAUGCCUAUUUACUCAAACCUGUGCAGAGGAUCACCAAGUACCAGCUGAUGCUCAAGGAGAUGCUGAAAUGCAGUAAGAACCAGGAGGGUACUGCUGAGUUGGAGGAGGCCCUGGCCACCAUGCUGGACAUCAUCAAAUCUGUCAAUGACUCCAUGCAUCAGAUUGCCAUAACAGGAUUCGAGGGAAACCUUAGUGAGCUGGGGAAGCUCCUGAGGCAGGGCUCGUUCAACGUGUGGACGGACCACAAGAAGGGCCACAGCAAGGUGAAGGACCUGGCCCGCUUCAAGCCCAUGCAGAGGCACCUGUUCCUCUACAACAAGAUGCUGCUCUUCUGUAAGAAGCGGGAGGAGACCACGGACGAGAAGCCGUCACCCUCCUAUAGCUUCAAGCACUCACUAAAGAUGAGUGCAGUGGGAAUCACAGAAAAUGUCAAAGGAGACAUUAAGAAGUUUGAGGUCUGGUAUAAUGGCAGAGAGGAAGUCUAUAUCAUUCAGGCUCCCUCCAUGGAUGUGAAGAACAUGUGGGUGUCAGAGAUCCGAAAAGUUCUGACGGGCCAGCUUGAAGCUUGCAGAGAGGCGAGCCAACUCCAUCAGAAGAUCACUGAGAAUGUGUAUCAUGCUCCCAUGAGAAACAUGCGCAAAAUGGCCCUGAGGCAGUCGGACUCGUCUAGCCCAGAGACAGGCUUCAGGAGGAGCAACCCCAGCCCCAACAUGAGACAGAAACGAGCUGAGGCUUCUGCAACUAAUAACCCUGACCACAAUGCUGCUCUUGCUAGAAAGCGCUUCACCUUGCAGGGCCUCUCCAAUAGAAGGUCUCUUCCCUCAGCCGAGCCUCCAUCUAAGGUGACAGAUGUCACACGGCGCUUCUCUUUAGCCUCCUCUAUCAGUGUCUCCGCCACCAGACGCACAAAAGGUCCUCCUUCAACUCAUGUUAAAAAGACCAAAAGACAUGAGAUAAAGAGUGAUCCAACACCAUUCGGUUAUGAAGAUACAUUACGCAGUGCUAUCCCUGCUGCGAGCAGACACAAAGGCACCACAAGCACUGAUUCAGCCGUGCCUAGGUCCACUUCUCAACCAGGCUGGACCAAACGGUGUUUGCCUUCAAUGGACACAGAGGACUUUGAAACCAUCCAUUCGAGUGCAGAGGAGCUCUCCAACUCUUCGGAUGGUGAGGACCAGUCCAGUAAUAAAAAUGGGGACAAUGAUCGCUUCCGUGUCCAGUUGACGUACGAGUCGAGGACAGCGCAGGACCUGUCUAUGGAGUCAGGAGAUUUAGUACAGUUCCUGGAGGAGGCAGAGAAUGGCCACUGAUAUCUUCAGUGACAUGUGCACAGCAGCUCUGUCUGACUCUGAGGAAAAUGAAAGCAGUACGUGUGGAGAUGUAUCUCAGGAAAGUAGAUAAGCAUGAUGGACCAUUUGGCCAUGAACUUCUGGAACAUGCUGGUAGCCCAACUUGGUCAAGCCUCACAGUGGGGGAGCAAUUUCAGCUGCUGUGCUCAGACAGAGAACAGCAAGUCUGAAGUCAAGUCAAUAGUGGUGUAGGUGCCCUCUGUUGUUGCUAUGCUACACUGAAAAUAAGACUAAAUGCCAGACUCUUUUGCUCGGCUCAGCUGCUGAGAUUAAAGAAAAUAACUUUUACCACCAUUCUGCCAUGUGUCAAACCCUGUACUUGAUUAGUGCUCUCAAAGAUAUGCUGCUGUGCCUUUACGUCACAACACACUCCCUCCUCUGGCCUAAUCAAGGGUGUAUUCAUUACAUCUUUCAACGGAAACCGUUUACCGUUUAAGAACCAAACGGAAACAAACAGAGCAAAUGGAAUGAAAGGGGGAGGGAAUUACCUGAAUUUGUACAAUAGAAACUUUCGUUUUUGUUGGAAAACGUUUUGCAACAGAAUAGGCAUAAUGAAUACACCCCAGGUAACCCUUGUGAGGAGGGUCAUCCUGGACACAGUGGGCCAAGAAGUACCACCAUGGAAACUGGAGAUCUCUCCAUCAAUGGGGAAUAUGUUUGAUCUAUAGACUCAAUUGUAGACAAGCUUGAUUGUAUUCUUACCUUAAAAAUUCAAACUUUGUUGUUUCGUCCUGCUGAAUUGUUUGCCAGUUCAGUUGUUUUAUAAAUAACUGAGGGAUUGCUCAUUUUGCAAGAUAUACUAUUCCCUGAACAACAACAUAAAUAGCUAUUUACUUCAUCGUAUGUACAUACAUGUAAUAUAUUUCUUUUUUUUCACUUUUGUAAAAUCUGUGUAUAACUAUUCUAUAAAUAUCAAUUCCCAUCUGAUCAUUAUAAAAGUAUUCAUGCCAUCUUCUUUCAGAUUUUGGCUUGUUCCGAAUAUAGAAUGUUUUACUAUUAUGUACAGUGAGGGAAAAAAGUAUUUGAUCCCCUGCUGAUUUUGUAUGUUUGCC